AUGGAAUCAUCCGUGCGAAUAUUUGAAUGUGCUCAACGCUCAUGAUCGCAGUGCGCGCUUUGCGCUAGUGCAGUGCAAAUGCCCGUUAGUACUGUACCGCUGGUAUUGUCAGUCGUUGCUGGUCUUCUGUAGUCACUGCACCUGAAGCUCCCACCAGCUUGUGUUCCUUUACUGAGCUAUUUACAGCUGCCUGCGUUCCUUGCCCGGAUAUGGGUGACAAAGAAAAUCAGCCUCAGAACUCGACUGCUGCUGACGGGAAGACUGAAGCAAGGACAGAUGAUGCCUCAAAAAAGAAAAGGACGAGCAUGGAGUGGCGCCUCCAGGAUUUUGAAAUCGGAAGGCCGCUGGGAAAGGGGAAGUUCGGAAACGUGUACCUAGCUCGUGAGAAAAAGAGCAAGUUUGUCAUUGCCCUUAAGGUUAUGUUCAAGUCCCAAUUGCAGAGCAACAAUGUUGAACACCAGCUUCAGAGAGAAAUUGAGAUCCAGUCACACUUGAGGCAUCCUCACAUCCUGAGGCUGUACGGCUACUUCCAUGAUGACACUAGGGUUUACCUUAUCCUGGAGUAUGCUCCCAGAGGAGAACUUUACAAAGAACUCACCAAGGCGAAGAUGUUUGAUGACAAGCAGUCUGCAGCUUACAUUUACCAAGUCUGUGAUGCCCUCAAGUACUGCCACAGCAAGAAGGUCAUACACCGAGACAUAAAACCAGAAAACAUUCUUAUUGGCGCCAAUGGCAUGCUGAAGAUUGCAGACUUUGGUUGGUCUGUCCAUGCCCCAUCAUCAAGGCGAGCCACCAUGUGCGGCACCAUGGACUACCUGCCACCCGAGAUGAUUGAGAACAAUGUCUACGAUGAAAAGGUGGACCUCUGGGCAGUGGGCAUUUUGAUUUAUGAGUUCCUUGUCGGGAGGCCUCCUUUUGAGGCAAGCACUCCCUCGGCCACCUAUGACCGAAUCCGCCGUGUGGACCUGCGUUUCCCCGCUCACGUUUCAGACGAUGCAAAGGAUCUCAUUUCAAGGCUACUGCGAAAGGAUCCUAAGCAGAGGCCAACCAUCGAAGAAGUAAUGACACACCCUUGGGUCACGAAGAACAUGGAACCUAGCUUGUAAUUGUAGAAUUUUAUAUGACUUGUACAUGAGCUAUCUUAGAGUAUUUCGUAAUCUAAAACUCUGUAUGUACAUAUUUACCUUUUCUUUCCCCCCUUUUGUGGCAUCGCAGGUACCAGUCGACCAUGGGAGAGCAGCCUGAUGUGCUAGGGCAAUAUUUCUGAAUAAAUGCGCUGCAGGAAUUCAUUCUUUUAGAGCUCCCAUGGCAUUUUAGUUUUAACUCAAAUGUUUUUACCUUGACUGACUUCUCCCAAAAUCUGAUAUGUGUUGGUCAGAAGCCUUUCAUGGGGUCCUGGGGUCAUUUUUAUGACUUUGUACAGUGCAUGGUGACAAUAAAAAAUUGUGAUGCAGAAAACAGUGUCAUGUGCAUA